CUAGUCAUAUGACCCUUCUUUUCAGCAAGACCUCCAGCAUAGCACCUCAUAAUCAUGCUGUAUUAUUAGUGAUACCAUAGGAAUGGCUUACGGCGGGCCAGACGACCUCGAGUGGGAGGAGGUCGAGGAGGACGAUUGGGAGGUGCUAUGCGUGGAGCCCGGCGAGCAGGCGCAGGGAGGGGCAAGCAAAAAUGGCAUCGAGUUCACUAUGGAGGAAGUGGGCGCCAACGGGCGGCGCGUGCGGCGCAGCAUCACCAAACGCGAGCGCGAGGCGGCGGCGGCGUUGCAUCGCUGCCACGUGCUGUGCCUGCUGGGGCGCGCACGGCUGCUGGACGCGGCGGCGGAGGACCCGGAGGUGCAGGCCACGGCGCUGUCUCUGCUCCCCGACUCCGCCGCCAUCCGCAACGCCGGCGCCGAGGAGCCGCAGCGCGCCAUCAACGGGCUGCUGCCGCUGGCGGCCUGGUUCCGCGGGGCCAUGGCGGUGCUGCCGCCGGAGCUGGCGGGCGCGGGCACACGGGCGGUGGAGCGCGGCCGGCGGCUGGAGCGGGAGGAGUGGCUGGACCAGCAGGUCCUCCGUGCGGCCCGCGGGCAGGCGGGUGUGGUGGAGGUGCUGGUGGCGGUGUUUGUGGCGCUGGUGCGGGCGCAGGGCGGCGCGGCGCGGGUGGUGCGGCUGCUGGAUGCAAUGCCGCUGGCGCCGUGGCGUGCCAAACCCGUGGCCGUGCGGACCACCACGGCAGCAGCCGGCGGCGGUGGCGGAGGCGGUGGCGGCGGCGGGGCGGGAGGGGCGGGAGGGCGGAAGCGGCCGGCGGUUUUGGAUUUGGAGGCGGGGGAUGUGCUGCCGACGGCGGCGGCGACGGCGGCCAGGCGGACGAGUGGCGGCAGCGGCGGGAGAGGGGGAAGAGGGGGGAAAGGCGGGAGAGCCGGGGAAGCGGAGGAGGAGCAGGAGGCGGCGGGCGGGAGAGGCCGCGGGAGGGGGAGGGGGAGAGGGAGAGGCGAGGCCGGCGGACGGGGAGCCAAGCGGAGAAAGGGCAGCAGCGGCGUAGAGGAGGAAGGGGAGGAGGAGGAAGGGGAGGAAGGGGAGGAUGCCGAUGGCGGCGGUGGCACCGGAGCCAAGCGACUCAAGAGCGGCGAUGGCAGCAGCCUGCCAGGUGCAGGCGGCGGUGGUGGCAGUAGCAAAGCCGGCGACGGCGGCGGUGGCGGCAGUAGCAAGGCCGGCGGCGGCGGCGGCGGCAGUAGCAACCGCGGCGAGGACGAGUUCGAGCGGCAGUUGCAGAUGGCGCUGCUGGCGACCAGUCGAGAGGCGGAGGCACGGCAGCAGCAGCAGCAGCGGGAACGGGAGCAGCAGGAGCAGCAGGCCAAGGCCAAACAGCAGUCAGCGGUGAAACAGAAACCCGGCGCCUCCGGCGCCGCUGGCACCGCCGCGGGCGACAAAGCCAAGAUGCUGUUCCCGCCGCGCAGCGGCGGCGGCAGGGGCGGCGGCGGCAGGGGCCGUGGCGGCGGCGCUGGCGGCAGCGGGGGCAUUGCCGCUGCCAGGGAUGUGGACUGGGGUCCGUUCGGCGGCGAGCUGGCGGGCGCUGCCAUGAGCACUCGUCCGGAGGUGGUGGUCAGCUGCUGGGCCGAGGUGUACUGCGGCAGUGCGGCGCGGGGGCGCUGGGUGCAUGUGGACCCGGUGAACGGCUACGUGGACAGGCCCGAGCUGGUCGACAGCGCCACGCUGCGCCCCGGCGGCGCCCCGCUGUGCUACGUGGUGGCGGCGGAGCGGGGCCGCCUCACCGACGUCACCGCCCGCUACUGCGCCUCGCUGCUGGCGGCGCAGAAGAACAGGGACGAGGCCUGGUGGGCAGCUACUGCCGCCGCGCUGGGAGCCACGGCCGGUGCUACUGCGGCUGGGGCGGGGGCGGGGACUGGGGCUAAUGGUGGUGGUAAUAUGGAGGUGAAGGCGGAGGGAGAGAAGGCGGCGGCCGGCAGCGGUAACGGCACCGGCAACAACAGCGGCAGCUGCAAAGCGGAGGCGGCAGCGCAGGCGGCCGGUGCCGCAGCAGGGCCGGCGCCAGGCUCGGACACAGCAGCAGCUGCAGCGCCUUCAGCGCCCUCCGCACCCGCGUCAGCAACACCCGCACCACCCGCAGCACCCGCACCUCCCGCAGCCGCCGCAGCACCCGCAGCCGCCGCGGCCGGCGGGCCAAAGAUUGUGGACGCCCGCCACUCCCACCAGCGCGGCGCGCACGAGAACCCGCUGGGCCCCAACGCCGGCCGCAUACAGCGCGCCGCCGCCGCCGCUGCCGCCGCCGCGGCCCUUAUCGCCGACCCCACCACCGCCGCCGGCUCCUCCGCCGGCGCCGAGUCCACUUCGGGCAAAGCCGCCGCCGCGGCGGCCACCAAAGGCAGCAAGGCUGCUGCUGCCGCUGCUACUGCCGGUGCUGCUGCCGCUACUGCCGCUACUGCCGGUGCUGCUGCCGCUACUGCCGCCGCCGACGCGGCGGGGCUUCGUGCGUCGCGUGAGGCGGCGGAGCUGCAGCACCGGCAGCAGUCGGGUUUGGCGGGGCUGCCCACCUCCAUUGAGGGCUUCAAGGCGCACCCCGUGUACGUGCUCAAACGCCACAUCGGCAAAUACGAGGCUCUGCGCCCCGGCACUGCGCCCCUGGGUGCGCACAAGGGGGAGCCCUACUACCCCCGCGCGCAGCUGUCGGUACUUCACACUGUGGAGCGGUGGCGGAGAGAGGGGCGGCAGGUGCGCGACUCAGAGCUGGCCAGCCCAGCCAAGGUGGUGAAGAAGAGGGCCAUGCCGCCGCCGGGCGGCGGCCGCGGCGGCUACGGCGGCGGCGGCAGGUUUGGCGGCGGCGCGUUUGGUGGCGGUGGCGGCGGCAAGCGGAAAAGCACUGGCGGCGGCGGCGAUGGCAACGGCGAUGAAGACGACGACGAGGGUUCGCUAUUGGAGGCGGGCGGUAGCGGCGCCUACGGCGGCGGCGCCGCCGCCACCGGCGGCGGCUCGGAUGCCGGUCCCACCAACAACCUGUACGGCAAGUGGCAGACGGAUGAGUGGGUGCCUCCCACCGCGGUGGACGGGGUGGUGCCCAAGAACGAGCGGGGAAACGUGGAGUGCCCGCCGCUCGUGCCGCGGCUGCCGUACGGCACGGUGCACGUGAACAUCGGCCCCGGGCUGGGCGGCGUGUGCCGUACCCUGGGGCUGGACUACGCGGCGGGGCUGGUGGGGUUUGAGGUGCAGGGCGGGAGGAUGGUGCCGAAGAUCGAGGGCGUGGUGGUGUGUGAGGAGGUGGCGGAGUUGCUGGUGGCGGCGUAUCUGGAGAGGGAGGGAGCCAAAGCGGCGGCGGCGGCGGCGCGCGCGGCGCGCGCGGCGGAGGUGGGUUGGCGGCGGCUGCUUGAUGCUGUGCGGGUGCGGGUGCGGUUGGAGCGAGAGUAUGCGGGUGGAGGAGGCGGGGGAGUUGGGGAUGGGGGAGGUGGGGGUGCUGGUGGGGGUGGGGGUGGGAGGGAGGCGGGAGGCGGGGAGGAUUGGCGGGUUGUGCCGGAGGGCGGCAGGGCUGGCGCGGCCGCCAUUCUGCGGGCGGUGGCGGAAGUCGCUGAGACCGCGGCGGCGGCGGCGGCGAAGGGUGGCGGCGGUGGUGGUGGUGGUGGUGGCGGCCGGAAGCCGCGCAGCGCCGUCGAGGCGGCGGCCAUGGCUGCCGCCGGCGCCGCAGCGGGAAGAGGAGGUGCGGGAGCGCCAGGCACCGGUGGCGAAGGGCAUCAGCAGCAGCAGCAGCGGCAGCAGCAGCAGGAGGUGGAUGCAGAUGCGGGCGGCGGGGGCGGCGCCGAUGUGGAGGUUGAGGAGUUCUGAUUCGCGUGAGCGGGGUGGUGGGCGGGAUGCGUGCAUGCUGGUUGCAUGGGCAGGGAAGCGGGGCGCGGGGCGUGUGGCGCGUGGCCGUGCGGGGCUUGCGGCCCGGUGUAACUGUGCUUCGGCCAUUCGGGACAAGGCCUACAAGUGUAUAGCGACGGGCGGUGCGGGGCCAAGCAGGGCGAUGAGGUGCAGGGCGGUGUUGGGAGGCCAACAACGAGGCAGAGGGUGUGACGCAGGGACUGGAAGGGACGGGGGUCGAAGUGAAUUGCUCUGCGGCACUCGGCGCCUCGCCUACGCCAUACGAUGUUAUACAUGAGGGGCAGAGCGCAUAUGCAGCAGACCAGAGAGAGUUGUGGCCCGAGGCCCCUGUUACCCAGCGUCGACGCCGUUACGCAA